AUGGCAUUGAAUAAUCAAACACUGGUGACAGAAUUUCUUCUACAAGGUUUUUCAGCAACAUCUCAACUCCAGAUAUUCUUGUUUAGCAUCUUCCUUUUUUUUUAUUUCACAGCCCUCACAGGCAAUAUUCUCAUUGUCAUGGCCAUCAGUCUGGACUCAGAUCUUCAUACCCCCAUGUAUUUUUUUCUUGCCAACUUGGCCAUUUUAGAUGUUGGCUGUACAUCCACAGUUCUGCCCAAAUUGCUGGAGAACCUUUUUGUGGAGAAGAAAUCCAUUUCCUAUGGUGGCUGCAUGACCCAGCUCUAUUUCCUCACUUGUUUAUUGGGGACUGAGCUUCUGCUCUUCACAGCCAUGGCUUAUGACAGAUAUGUGGCCAUCUGCCACCCCUUACAUUACAGUACUAUGAUGAGUAGGAUGGUUUGUGCAUUUUUAAUGAGCAGUGUGUGGGCCAUUGGAGCUCUCAGCUCAUUAUUACAUACUGGUCUAAUGCUGCGAUUAACCUUUUGUGGUCCUAAUGAAAUUAAACACUUUCUGUGUGAAAUCCCUUCUUUGUUGCUGCUCUCCUGUAGCUCCACAUAUGUGAACAACAUCAUGAUAGUCAUUGCAGAUGUGUACUUUGGGGUGAUCAAUUUUGCGCUCACUAUGUUGUCCUAUGGCUUUAUCAUCUCCAACAUCCUAAAGAUCCGCACCAGAGAGGGGAAGAAGAAAGCCUUCUCUACAUGUUCCUCCCACCUCAUGGUUGUCAGCAUGUACUAUACUACAAUUAUAUAUACUUACAUUUUUCCAGGUUCUGGCUCCUCAAUGGAUAAUGGCAAAGUGGUGGCUCUCUUGUAUACUGCAGUUGGCCCAACCUUAAACCCUCUCAUAUAUACUCUGAGGAAUAAGGAUUUUAAAACUGCCCUUAAGAAAAUGUUUCCAUUUAUGAAUUAA